GGUCAGUUCACAUACUUUCUUUUUUUACACUUUACCCCCAACAAAACGACUAAUAUCAAAUUUACACCCCAAAACCCUAAACACAUUGCUCAAAACCCUAAUUUCCCUUCCCUUUCCCCCCCCCCAAAGUUUAUCUUCAAUCCCCUUUUGGACAGUCAAACCCUACCCUACCCUACCCUAAAACCCCAUUUUUACUUCUCUUUCCAGAAAGUUUUGAUUUUGGGAUUUUGGGUAUUCUUGAACUCUCUGUUUCUUUGCUUUUUUUUUUUUGGGUUGUUUUAUUUUAGGGGAGUAAAAAUGGAGGUGAGUAGUUUGAGGUCUGAUGUAGCUGUUCUUGGGAGAAUGGUGGUGGGGUCUGUUCUUGAAGCUGUAGUUGCUGAGACCCUUUUGGCUGCUCAGAGAUCUGUUGCUUCCUUGUUCAUUGUGGCAGGAAUUAUGCUCAAGGAUGCUGAUGCAUUGCCAGAGUUGAUAGGCACUGAUAAAAGGUUUCCAUUCGAGGAACUUCAUAAAACGGACAAAGCUGGGCCUGAGAACAAAGAUGGGAGCGACACAGAGGACGAUGAUGAAGAUGAUGACGGAGAUGCUGAUGAUCAGGAUGAUGAUGAUGCUGAUGAUGAAGACUUUUCAGGCGAAGGAGGAGAUGAUGACGAUGACGAUGAAGGAGAUCCCGAAGAGAAUCCAGCAGCUAACGGCAACGAAGGCAGCGAUGACGACGAUGAUGAUGAUGAAGAUGAUGAGGAUGGGGAUGAUGAUGAUGAAGAGGAAGAUGACGAAGAAGAGGAGGAAGAGGAGGAUCAACCACCUGCCAAGAAGAAAAAGUAAACCAUUUCCUUGUAUGUUAUUCUGCUUUUCUUCCAUGCUUGUUGGAUUAUGUAGUAGUAGUAGGAAGAGGAGAGUCUUAGCUCUUCUGUAGGAAUUAAUCAUCCUUUUGCAGAACAAAUGAACUCCUUUUGUCAUGCUAUUUGACUUCUUGUUCUGAUAUAUAUUCCAUUCAAUCCUAUGAAUAUUUUGGAUCCUUA